GGAUGGUUUUUAAAGGUUAUUUAUUUAUAUAGUACAUACGCCUUUUUUAACUUGCAGAUGGUCCCACUUCAAACAGCUGGACAGUCACAAGGGAAGUGAAUUCUGAGCAAAAAUGUGGAUCUAUUUGGCACUGGCAGUCUUCCUGUAUUUUGUAAUACGGUUCUACCGGGAGAGACAGACUGUGGAGAACCUCGGGGAGAAAUAUGUCUUCAUCACUGGUUGUGACUCAGGCUUUGGGAACCAGGUGGCCAAGCAAUUGGAUAUCCAGGGCCUGCAGGUCUUGGCAGCUUGCCUCACCAAGGAAGGAGCAGAAGAACUGGAGAGGCUGACAUCCGACCGGCUGAAAACCACCAUCUUGGAUGUCACCAGCACAGAGUGUGUGAAGGCAGCAACCGAGUGGGUGAAAGGAAUCGUGGGGAGCAAAGGGCUCUGGGGUUUAGUGAACAAUGCUGGCAUUUUUGGUUCCGCGUGCCCCAACGAGUGGCUGACCAAGGAAGACUUUGAGAAAGUGCUGAAUGUCAACCUCCUCGGUCUGAUAGAUGUGACUCUACAAAUGUUGCCCCUAUUGAGGAAGGCCAAGGGAAGGGUGGUCAACGUGGCCAGUAUCCUAGGUCGGCUCUCUUUCUGUGGAGGAGGCUACUGCCCUUCUAAGUAUGGGGUGGAGGCUUUUUCUGACUCCCUCAGGCGUGAGCUCAACCCAUUUGGAGUCAAAGUAGCUAUAAUAGAGCCAGGAUACUUCAGGACAGCCAUGAGCCAUGUCCAAGACGCCCUUAACUGGUUGGAGCAUCGGUGGAUCAAUGUCACACAGGAAAUCAAAGACAGCUAUGGCCAGACCUACUACACCAAUUUGUAUAAGUUACUUAGAGAAGAUCUCUCAUCUCGGUGCGACACAAACCUCUACCUGGUUACGGAUUGCAUGGAGCACGCCUUGAUAUCCAAGCAUCCUCGUACACGCUAUUCUGCGGGCUGGGAUGCCCAGUUCUUCUUCAUUCCUCUCUCUUACUUGCCCACAGCCUUGGCGGAUUUGAUCCUGUCCUGGUCUAAACCAAAACCUGCUCAAGCCAUAUGAGGUGGAGUGGAAAGGGCUCAAGGUUACUUUUUUGAAGGGUGGAAUUGAAGACUAGGGUUACUUCUUCUCGUGCUAAACACCAAACAUUUAAAUAUGUGGAGUCGUCUUGUGGCUUUAAUUAUUCACAGAUUUGAUUAAUAUGUUCUCUCUAGGAAUCUAUAGGUUCUCCAGUGUAAUCCUGUGGUCAACUUCCACCAUAGAGAUGCUCUGGAGCAGGCCCGUAGCCAGGAUUUCGAUUGGGGGGGGGGGGGGGCUGAGUCUGAGUGAAAGAGGGUCUACCCUAGCAAACCUUUUGUAUCGUUACCCCAAUACCCCCAUGCAUAUGGGAUAUAUUGAGUAUAGUGAUCAGAUCAUGAUAUGAAUAAACAUAGCAGUUUAAAUAA